AUGGACACUAAGCCCGACUCUAAUGCUCAAGAUGGCUGCAUCCAAGCCGUCACCUCUCUCUUUCCCGACAUUUGCUUGGAAUACCUCGAUACCCUUGCUGUUCCCCUGCUCUACAACUCCGAAGCUGUCAUCAACCAGAUAAUCGAUCUUGUCGAGGCCGGUACCUCAUACACCAGACGUCCCCAAGUCAAGAUUCUCAAGCGAAAACGAGACGACGACGAUGACGAAGACGACGACGAAGAUGAGGUUUCCGAUGCGAAGCGCAAGUACGCCAGCCCAUCUCGAGCAGAGACGUCUCUCACCAAUCGCCAAAUGAUGACAGUGAGAAAAUUAAUUACUGGGGACUUUCCCCUUGUCUCCUCCAAGGAUGUGCAGAGGCUCUUGACUGAACACGGUAUGAACCUCAUGCCAGCAUAUCUCGCCCUGCACGAAAUCGUCUCUAGUGGAGAUCAAGCCGCCAGAAGUUUGACGCUGAAGAAGCGCCCGAGUAUCCAAGAAGCACCAUACAGACCAGAGAACAUCGACGGAACUAUUAAUAAGAGCAAGAACGAGGCCGAAAAGGAUAUGCUCAAGGAACUCCGUGCAGCUCGGUUGAUCCGAGCCUCGCUCUUGGACAAGAAGCAAAAAGAGACCAAGGCCAAGGAAGCGGAAAGGAAGGACCACGAGCAGGCCAAGGCGCGUGGCCUCUUGAUGGAGUGCGAAUGUUGCUUCACGGAGUUUACCAUGAGCCGUCUUGUGCAUUGCGAUGGAGAGAUAUCACAUUGGUUCUGUAAUGACUGCGCACGCCGCAACGCUGAGACACUGAUUGGUCUGUCCAAGUACGAAAUGUCGUGCAUGUCGAUGGAUGGCUGCGAGGGGGGCUUCUCUCGAUCGCAGCGGACUAAGUUUUUAGACAAGAAGCUCAUCAAGGCAUUGGACCAAAUCGAACAGGAGGCCGUCCUGCGCAUGGCCGGGAUCGAGAACCUGGCGAGCUGCCCCUUUUGCCCAUUUGCAGCCGAGUACCCGCCGGUCGAGGACAAUCGAGAAUUUCGCUGCGAGAACCCUACCUGCCAAAUCGUUAGCUGUCGCCUCUGCAAUGCCCACACUCACAUCCCCAAGACCUGCGCAGAAGCAGCUCUUGAGAAUGGGAUUCCGGCGAGACGGGGCAUCGAGGAGGCUAUGACGGCGGCGCUGAUCCGAAAGUGUAAUAAAUGCAGUACUCCGUUCAUCAAAGAGUCCGGCUGCAACAAGAUGAGGUGCACGCGCAGGGGUUGCAAGAACAUCCAAUGCUAUGUUUGCUCUAAGUCUUGCGACUACUCACACUUCAACGACCCCGGCCGAGGGGGCAAGGCUGGCAACUGUCCUCUGUUUGACGUCACCGAGAACAGACACGAAGAAGAGAUCCGGGCUGCACAGGAAGAGGCCAAGAAGCUCGCCGCAGAACAGAACCCAGGAGUCAAUCUGGAGCUUUUGGACAUCAAGAUGUCGGACAGGGUCACCGAGGACGACGAACGCCGACGCAGGAGAGACCCCUACGUCAACCAAAGAGAGCUGUACCUGGACGAAGCCAAUAACCUUGGUGCCGAAGUUGACGCUGCCUUUGCUGGCGUCGGAGUCGGAGCUGUCGGAGCUAUCGGGGCUGUUGGAGCUGUCGGAGCUAUCGGGGCUGUUGGAGCUGUCGGGGUUGGAGCUCGAGCUGUAGCUGGUGCUAUUGCUGGAAUUGUGCCCGCUUUCAGACCGCAGGUUGAGUUCAGGCAACUACAGUUCAACCUCCAGGAGCAGGGCUUCCAAGACCCGGAUGCAGCUGCUCUUCGCGCGGUUGACGAGGAACUUCAGAUGGAGGCAGCCCACAUUCAAGCAGCUGAAGCACACCGAGCAGCUCUGCUACAAGAGGCUUGGGUCCAAGUAGCUCAGGGAGUUCAAAUUCAACAAGCUGAGGCGGCCGAGAUUCAGGCAGCGCGGGCCCAGGCAGCGCGGGUCCGGGCAGCGCAGGCCCGAGCCCAAGUUCAAGCGGAACUGGCUCAGCUGCCAGACAACUUCGGACAGAUGAUGCAAAGGGCUGCGCACCAUAGGGAACAGCACAUCCGGAGACAACAAGACGUCCGUCAGCCGCAGGACCCUGUUCAGCAACUACAUAACGAACUUCAGCAGCUAGAGAACCUAGAACCACAUAUACCACAGGGAUUAGUGAUGGAGCGGCCAAAAAAGUACCGGGAACAACGCCAUCAUCGUCUCCAGCGACAACAGCAGCAACGGCGGCAACAGUUCCCACCAGUGUUACCACAAGUCCUACCGCCGCAACCUGUUCAGCCGGAACUGCCACAACAGAGACAGAUGCCAGGCAGACAACCGGCGGCUCCGGCGCAGGAGCCCGUACAAAACCAGCAGGACCAACAACAUCAACCGCAAAUCUUCAACGUCUACCAACAACCUCAACAAGUUGAUGUCGCGAACCCGAAUGGGCAUAAUAAGAAUGCUAUGCCAGCCGCGGGACAAAACGCUGCUCAUGACCUACUGCCACAGGCUAGUAAUAGGGUACAAGGCUGGCUCAACCGCCUCCAGGGGUUCGAUCUUGGCUUCGGGCCCUUGCAACGCUUGGAUUUCGGUCGCGCCUUUCCCAGUCACGGCAGCGCACAGAUACAGGGAGUCCAACAGGAGCUGCUGAAUCCGUGGAUCGAUGACCCCAGGGAGCUCCAUGUCAGAUGGGCGGAUCGAGCCGUCCCUUUUGGAGCACGCUACGGAGCAUUGGGACAAGCCCCUGGGCAGCAACCCUAA